AUGUCAAACCCGAAUUCGAUUAAACAUACAUGGCUGAUUUCUUCUUCUCGACUGUGGCAGUUGAGUGAAUUGCAGGUGUUUAAAGAGGCGAAAUGUGUGAAAGUUAAUCCGGAUACGCCCCAAAAACAAGUCCGAUUCCUCACACUUAAUGGUGGCAAAAAGCUUUUGACUCCACAGCCACGUCUGAGGACAGGAUUCUUUUCUGUUCUCGAGUACUCAAUGUUAAGUCCUGACACUAUUAAGGAGUCAUGCACUUCUGUCGGUGUUGCCAAGUAUGGCAAGCCGAUAGGAUUGGAGGAAAAGAUAAAAGUGGACUUAAUUGUUGUUGGUUCUGUUGCUGUAGACCCAAAGACCAGAGCCAGACUUGGCAAGGGUGAGGGAUUUGCUGAACUUGAAUAUGGUAUGCUACGUUACAUGGGUUCCAUUGAUGACUCGACACCAAUUGUCACAUCUGUUCACGAUGAGCAAUUGGUGGAUGACAUACCCAUCGACAGACUGCUGGUGCACGAUGUACCCGUCGACAUCAUAUGCACUCCAACCCAAGUUAUCUUCACCAACACCUCCAUUCCAAAACCUCAAGGAAUAUACUGGGACAAAUUAUCUCCAGAAAAGCUUGGUCAGAUUAAAAUACUAAGGGAGCUAAAGAGAAAAAUUGAACGCGAAACUGGGGAAAAGCUUCCCACUGGCCCCUCGGAGAAGUUACCCCCUACAGCGCGAAGGAAGCGCUGA